AUGGAGGCUAGCAGAAUAAAGCUCGACCUCACAGGAUCCGAUGGAGUUCAGAUGCAAGCAACUCAUUCAUCCAACGACUACUUUGCCGAGAGCGGGAAUGAGUUCUUUGGUAUAGCCUCUGCCCAAAACUCCCUCGAGGCUUUAAAGCGAUACUUGGGAUCGAGCGACUACCUUGACGAGAGCGAGAGCAAGCUGGCUGAAUCCUACCUCCGCAUGUCCGAUUUCUCCGUCCCGCUCACGGAUAUCGAAGAGUUCGGCGGCACAUACCGUGCAAGAAAUCUGAACGGUGAAGAUUUCAACCAAGUCCUCCAAGACUAUGGAAAUAACGGGCAGUCUUUCAUUUUCCGAGCAGAAAUACUACUAGUAUGCAAUGGCAGGUUGAAGGACGGCGGAGAUGGAACAGUUGUCAUUUUCCGCUUCACGUUCAGCACAGCUGAGAACGUAUCUCAACGAAGAUUCACUUCUGCCAAAAUCACGGUCGAGUUUAGUGAUUUUCUGGGGCGACCAGCCAACGAUCCAGAAGUGGUCACUCUCUUUCCUGAGAGACUGCAUAAUUUGGAUAUCGUCACGAAUUCUAGCGUCAAAGGACAGCAGGCUAAUGCAGCUACUGGCACCAGUGAGCCCGCGAGGCUUCGAUUCGGAGCAGGGCUGAAGCUCUCGCAGACAGACAGUGAUGUCUAUUAUGCCAGGUUGAUGCCUGUGACAUGGAAUACCAGACCGAAAAAAUCAGGCCAAGACAAUGCUGCUCUCUGGAGACUGAAGGAGCACACUUCAAAGGAGAAUGGGGUGCCUGAUUUCCUCCAGACAGCUGUGAUUUUGCGCAGGAAUGGUGAUGGCAAGUUUCGGAUGAAAAUAAAAAUCGAGGCGACCGUGGACAAUCGGAUAGACAUGAAACCAACGAUAGAGAAGAUGUUUGGGGAAAUAGAACUCGGACCUGUCGACCCGGUUAAUAUUAAUCCAGCAUCAUUCCUGGGGAAAGAGAUUGACAUCCCAUGGUUGGUGGGAGGGAUAUUGGACGCUCUUGAUCUGGACAUCAAAGGAAGCGAGAAGCAGAAGAAAAAGAGGGACGCGAAGUAG